AUGAAUGAAUUUGGUUUACAACGCCUAUGUUUUAAAUUAAUUAAUAAUGCAACUAAACAACAAGAACAACAACAUGUCAAUAUUUUAACAAUAAUGACACAAACUGAUGAAACACAAACAACAAGAGCUUCAUCAAAACAUAAAUCAAAAAGAAAACAAUCAACUGAUCCAUUACUAACACCUCCAUCGACAAUAAAUUCACCUAUAAACAUUCCACAGUCUACUGCUACAACUAAUUCUUCAAUUGUUCCAAUAUUGUCUAGUCCAUCAUCAAGUAAUGUAUUUGAUGGUUCAAUUGAACAUGUUUGGAUAUCAUUGGCUGAACUUCCGCAUCAUACAUAUUCAACAUCGAAUUCUUCUAAACGGCCACGUACAAGUACAACUAGUGCAAAACAAACUACUACAGCACCUACAAAACGUUUUUCAUAUAAACUUUAUGACUGGAAUUUUCAUUCAACAUUAUUACCAUAUAAGUGGUAUACGAUUAAAUGA